CUCGUCCGCCGAUCAGUAGCAACAGGUUCUAAGUACAAAGAAACUUCACGAGCAGCCAUUGUACAUUUGACGCGCGGGUCGCGAUCAGUUCACGAAGUGUCUUAUAAUUCACGAUCUGUUCCAUUUAUUCUCCGACUAUUUAUUGAUACAUUUACGAAAAUUUACAUAUUACAUUUUUGGGGAAAAUGCCUGCACCAGAGGUUGAAGGGCACGACCGUAAAUCUAAAUUUAAAUUCAAUAAUAAACAUGAAGAGGCACGUAGAAGGAGGAAUGAAAUAUCAGUGGAAUUACGAAAAGCUAGGAAAGAUGAGCAAUUAUUAAAGCGCCGUAAUCUCAAUAUCGGGCAAGAGCCACAAAGUCCGACAGGUGAAAGUACUCUAUCACCUGUUUCUACAUCGAUAGAUGAGAUCGUUGCCGGUAUGGGAUGUUCAGAUGAAACGAUUCAACUUCAAGCGACGCAAGCAUGCAGAAAAAUGUUAAGCAGAGAAAAGAACCCACCUAUAAAUAAUAUGAUACAAUGUGGAAUUGUACCACGUUGUGUUCAAUUCUUGGAUUGUCACCAUAAUCCUCCAUUACAAUUUGAAGCAGCAUGGGCAUUGACCAACGUAGCUUCUGGAACAUCAGAUCAAACUCAUGUCGUUGUCAAACAUGGUGCUAUACCAAAAUUAGUUGCACUGUUGAAAUCUUCAUCACCUAAUGUUGCUGAACAAGCUGUAUGGGCACUCGGAAAUAUUGCUGGAGAUGGACCCAUGGCUCGUGAUCUUGUUCUUGGCCAUGAUGCUAUGCCUCUUUUACUGGAAUUGAUUAAACCUGAUACUUCUGUAACAUUUACUCGUAAUAUUGUGUGGACACUAUCAAAUUUGUGCCGUAAUAAAAAUCCUCCACCUCCAUUUGAAAUUGUGCAAACUGCAUUGCCAGUGUUAAACCGUUUGCUUAGUAAUACGGAUAAGGAUAUACUUGCUGAUGCUUGCUGGGCUCUUUCAUAUCUCACCGAUGGUUCAAAUAAUAAAAUACAAGCUGUUGUGGACAGUGGAGUUAUUCCAAAACUUGUGGAUUUACUUACUUCAACUGAAGUAACAGUUUUGACACCUGCACUUCGUGCAGUUGGAAAUAUAGUUACAGGCACUGAUAUACAGACAGAUGCAAUAAUAUCAGCAGGUGGUUUACAACAUUUGGGAAUACUAUUGCAACAUCAUCGUAUUAAUAUUGUGAAAGAAGCUGCAUGGACCAUUAGUAAUAUUACUGCUGGUAAUGUGGACCAAAUUCAGCAUGUUAUAAAUGCUGGAUUACUACCACCCUUAAUACAUGUUCUACAAAGUGGAGAUUUCAAAUCUCAAAAAGAAGCAGCAUGGGCUGUAACCAAUUUAACUUCAGGUGGAUCAGUACAGCAGUUAGCUCAAUUGGUACAAUUAGGAGUGCUAGUACCAUUUUGUAAUUUGUUAGAAGCCAAGGAUUGGAAGACUGUAAUUGUUGUUCUGGAUGGUUUAAAUAACAUAUUAAAUGCAGCAGAGAAAAUGGGAGAAGUUGACCGAGUAGCUAUUAUGAUAGAAGAAGUACGUGGCUUAGACAAACUUGAAGCUCUUCAGCAGCACGAUGUAGAUCAAGUCUAUCAGAAAGCUAUGGCGAUGAUUGAUACUUUCUUCUCUGAUGGAGAUGCUGAAGAGUCAACAGUAACACCUACAACAACUGAUGGUCAAUUGGACUUCAAACCAACUGAAACAACACAAAAGGGUUUCAACUUUUAAAAUUCCUUAAUCAUUUUUCGUUUAAUAUAUUAGAGUGUGUUCCUCCAAUUCGUUUUGUAAAUAGAUAUACACUUGUUCAUCAUAAAACAUAAACAUUAAAGACAAAAUGUUUUGUCUUUCUCGUAAUUAUUUACAGAUAUUUUGUGUGCUCCAUGAAAACAUGAGGUUUCAUUUAAUGUUCCUUUUCAUAGAUAGCUUUAAAAUGGAGAAUUGAUUAUUCCUUUUUUUAUUCCUAGCUUAACCCUUUGCACUCAAAAGUUGACUUUGAGUCAUCAUUUGAUUUUUGAUGCAGUAAUAUUAUAAAGUUAAAUAUUUAAUAUUAAACUUUAUAUAAUGCAUCAUUAUGUGAAGUGUUCAAAUAAAAUAGUUUUGUUCCUCACUUUAUGUGUGAAUUAUCGUUAAGUUAGUAGCAAAAAACAUCAUCUACAUCUCAUCAGGAAAUGUUGAAUAUUUUUAGUGAAAAAGUUUCGAGUGCAAAGGAUUAAGAGUACUUUUUCUAUAUAAAUUACAAGUUUCAUAAUUUUUACAACGGUGAUUCUUAAAUAACUUGACUGCUUUAAAUUUUUCUUUAAAUUCAUAGCAUUUACAAGAAUAAUUUCUUUUUGUAUUUAAAUAUUGUUAAAUCUCAUUUACCAACUGUUAUCAUGUUCUCUUUAUUUACAAAUAAAAUAUUUUAGGUUACAUUACUUA